AUGACUGAACCUAUUGACUUAUUUGGAAUUUCGUUAUACCCAAAUGAAAUUAUACCAUGUUCUCUCUUGAAAGAAUUAUUUGUUCGUUUUCAAGAUGAAAUUAAUAAAAAGAUUCAACAAGAAAUAUCAUAUAACCAACAACCUUCAUUGCAAACUCAACUCAUUCAAUCAAAUAAUGAAAUUAAAGAAAUACGAUCUGAGCUUAUCAGUUUAAAAGACCAAUUUCAUCAAAUUAAAACACAACAACAUGAAAUAAUAAUUCAAAAUGAUUCUGUUCAUUCAAUAACACAAACACCUAAUACUCAACAAGACAAAUCAAACCCAACUCAAAUUAAACAAUUAACAAAUAACCAAAUUUAUAAAACAAAACUUCCCAGUGAAGAACCUCUUUCAAUUGGAAUAAAAGAAAAUAUUCCAAGUAAACAUAAAAAUGAUAUUAAAACAUCCAAAAUAAUACCAACCGUUACUAAGUUGGGACCUUCAACAAUAAAUAGACAAAGAGAUGAGUUACCUACUAAUACUUAUUCAGGACCAUUUCUCUAUCCACCUUCUGAUGUUCAACAAGAAGUAGAAAAUAAUCUAACUUUACCCCCUUUUAAGGAAACAUUUCAAAAUGAAAGUCACUUUCUUUUUUCUAAUCAUUCAUUUUAUUCUGAACCUCUUUACUCUUAUCAACCUUCACAACCUUCUUAUUCUAACUUUUUAACUAACUCUCCAGUAAAUAUACAAAUACCAACAUCAGAUAUAAUUGAACACAGUUUACAAAAUGAAUUAUAUAAAUCUAUUCCAUCAUCAGAAACAACUGAUAAAGUAUUAAAUUAUAUACACAAUUCUGUCACUUUUUUUAAAAAUUAUACUGGCAAAAGUUCAUAUAAAAUAUUGUUUGAUUCGAACAAACUUAAAGAAACAAAUUCAUUUCCAUCACAAAUCUUUUAUGAAAGAUGUAAACGUAUAAAAAAAAUAGCUAUAUUUAUAUGUUGUGAUGAAUAUUUAUUUGGAGUGUAUCAUCACAGCCAACUUAUUCCAAGUGGUUCAAUUAUUGGAUCAUCAGAUUUUAUGUUUUCUAUUAAAUCACCAAAACUUCCUGGAUAUAAUAAAUUUGACAUUUCUUCAAAAAGAGUAAAUAAAAUGUUUCUCUUUGACAAUAAUAACCCAACUGAUAGAAACAAAUUAUUUGAAAUGGAAUUUAAAUUUGGGUCAAUGAUCAUUUAUUCACCCCCAGAUGAAUGUUUACAUAAUGAAAUUAACUUAAUUGCAAAUACUGUAGAUAAACAAAUGGCAAUUGAUUCUUGUAUUCCAAAAUCACCAUUUAAAGCCGAUAGAAUAAUAAGUGUUUCAUUUGAUAUAUGA